GCAGUGAUUGCCGUAAUUUCAAUAUAUAUUUAUGUUACUUAGUCACCACCUGACUGUGUCGCCUGUGCACAUACCAUACAUACCUUCGUAUCUGGUCGAGUAGAAACAGACAUUACACAUGGCUAUGAAAAGUGAGUGCACUGAGGCAUCAAUAAGUAGGGGUGGGUAUAUACGACCGGUUUACCUGUGGGUUAAUCGCUCUAAUAGUCGCCAUGUUCUGUCCCACAAAGUUUCCAAGCGUUCACUUGAGUUCCCCAAAAUAAGUAGUCCGGAUAUGUGGUGGACCAGGAGUUUUGGACGCAGUCGGCUGUAGUGGACGGGACUACUUAUAAUAACCCUGGAACACAAGGAAGCUAGAACACAGACCCAGUGAUGAUGAAAGUCAGAUGAAAUAUCACACAUGGAUCUAAGAAGGUGGUUUGUGUACUGCCUGUUAGGAGGAGUGGUGGCGUGUUUACUGAUGGCGAAAUUUCUUAUGGAUAAGACACGACAGCCAAUAAAGAUUGAACAUCAUAAAAAAGAUAUGGAAAAGAGAGAAUUUAUAUUAAAGUUCACGAGUUCUUUAUCUCUGACAACAUUACAACAAAGCAUGUUAACUGUAAACAUGUUGUUUCUAGACGACACCCAGAGCUCUGUCCCUAAGUUAUUUACGCUAAGCGAUAGCAACACCAAACCAAGUAUCGAACCUACUAAGUAUAUCACACUGAGUACAUCCACGACUCCAAUCGUCCCAUCACAGGCAAACAAGUCUCACAACGUGACGUCAAGAGUCUUAAUGACACGUAACGUUACGCUACGGGACGUCAUGACUGAUGUCAUCACGUCAAACCCUCCCAUUAUUCAGAACGUUACAUUUGGCGCCAAUAAUGUACACGUGAACCAAGUGAUUACUGUGUCAAACUGGCAUGGUGACGUCAUGCCAACUCAGCCAUCCCCAGCAGACAUUGUGCCUCUCAAAUCCGCCAAUUAUAGUGUGUGCACUAUCCUGAUGGGAGGCCUUGGCACCAAAAUGUUCCAGUUUGCGACGACCUAUGGAUUAGCUGCCAGGAAAGGAAUGUCUGUAGCCAUUGACAAAACUGAUGAUUUGACAAAGAUUUUUAAAUUUGAUAUUGACCGAAGAGAAAAUUACCGAAAUAUUUGCAAAACAUUCGUUGGGAGAGGAGAACAAUUAAAUUGUGGAUAUGAUGACAAAAUGGUUACUUUUCCACCAGAUAAUAAUUAUAGAGUUGGUUCUUAUCUCCAGUCAUGGAUGUAUUUCUAUAAUGCUUCUACCUCUCUCCGCAAACAUUUCGUGUUUCACGAUUCCAUCACAGAAACUAAAAACAAGGUGAUUGAUUCAGUUUUGAAAAAGUAUAAUUUUACAUCUCGUUCCAACGUGACUUUGAUAGGUGUUCACAUAAGAAGAGGAGAUUUAGUAAAUCACACGUUUGGAUAUAUGGUUGCUAGUAAGAGUUACCUUCAGAAAUCUGUAAACUACUUUCAAUCGAAAGAACUAAGAAACGUUAUUUAUAUAAUUUGUUCCAAUGAUAUGAAAUGGUCAAAGGAAAGUAUGCCAAAAGGAGUCCGUUCGGAGUAUAUCGAGGGGAAUUCCCCUGAAGUGGACAUGGCUAUUCUUGGCUCGUGUGACCACAUGAUCAGCACGGUAGGCACGUUCAGUUGGUGGUCAGCAUGGCUGACCGGUGGGGAGGUCACUUUCUACCGGUGGCCAGCUAAGGAAGGGUCAAAACUGCGAAAACAAUUCAGCAAAGACUAUGUGGAUUAUUUCUAUCCAGGGUGGAUCGGGUUCUCAUAG